AUGACCAACACCCUGAACCAACACUAUGAGGAGAAAGUGCGUCCCUGCAUUGACCUGAUAGACUCUCUCCGCUCUCUGGGAGUGGAGCAGGACCUGGCUCUGCCCGCUAUCGCCGUCAUCGGAGACCAAAGCUCGGGGAAGAGCUCGGUGCUGGAGGCGCUCUCUGGAGUCGCGCUGCCCAGAGGAAACGGAAUCGUGACGAGAUGUCCUUUAGAGCUUAAGAUGAAGAGAACGAAAGCAGGUCAGAAAUGGAGCGGGAAAAUUAAAUACAGGGACUACAGUGAAGAUCUGGGGAAACCUGCAGAAGUGGACGAGAAAAUUAGAAAAGCUCAGGAGGUGUUGGCGGGUAAGGGCUGCGGAAUCAGCCACGAACUGAUUAGUUUGGCGAUAGCCUCCCCUGAUAUUCCAGACCUGACACUGAUCGACCUGCCUGGAAUCGCCCGAGUGGCUGUCAAAGGCCAACCUGAAAAUAUUGGAGAACAGAUCAAAACAUUAAUACGGACGUUUAUCGCAAAACAAGAGACGAUCAAUCUGGUGGUGGUUCCUUGUAACGUGGAUAUUGCCACAACAGAAGCCUUGCAGAUGGCCCAGGAAGUAGAUCCAGAGAAAAAACGUACUUUAGGUGUUUUGACUAAACCAGAUCUAGUGGACAAAGGGGCAGAGAAGACGGUUAUUGAAAUUGUGCAAAACAAGGUCAUCGUCCUGAAGAAGGGCUACAUGGUCGUCAAAUGCAGAGGUCAAAAGGAUAUUUUAGACGAUAUGUCUUUAAACAAAGCACUGAAGAAUGAACAGGCCUUCUUCAGAAACCACCAGGUCUUUAGUGCCCUUUAUGAUGACAACAAUGCAGGUGUUCCAUUACUUGCCCGGAAACUUACCCUGGAGCUGGUGGAGCACAUUAAUCGAUCUUUGCCUCAACUUGAAGAUCAGAUCAAAACCAAACUGGCUCAGACAAACUCAGAGAUGGAGAGGUGUGGGGAGGGGCCGCCCGCAGGGUCUGCAGAAAGGAUAAGUUUUCUGAUUGAUAAAGUCACAGCCUUCACUCACAACACCAUCAGCCUCACCUCAGGAGAGGAGAUUAACCAUGAACGAAACCUCUAUUCCACACUGAGGAAGGAGUUUGGGCUUUGGAAAAAAACCAUUGAGGAUUCUGGGAUUACAUUCAGUUUGAAGCUUGGCCAAGAGGUGGCCCAUUAUGAUCGGAUGUAUAGAGGCAGAGAACUGCCCGGGUUCAUUAACUACAAGAUGUUUGAACGAGUGAUUAAAGAGCAGAUCAAGCUCCUGGAGGAGCCGGCCAUCACCAAACUCCAACAAGUGUCAGAAAUGAUCAAGAAGGAGAUGCUGAAGCUGGCACAGGAAAGCUUUGAGGGAUUUCCAAAUUUGAUCAAAACAGCCAAAAUCAAAAUUGAGGACAUCUGUGAGGACAAAGAGGCUGCAGCUGAGGCCAUGCUGAGGACUCAGUUCCAAAUGGAGAUGAUUGUCUACACACAGGACGGUAGAUACGGCAAGAAGUUGGGGAAACGCAAGCGAACCGAGGCUAACGAUGCUCCAAGUCAGUUAGGGUUCAGCGGCACCAUCAUCUCCAUCAGCUCCAACAGCACCACCCUCAAAGAAAUGAUGACCCAUCUGAAAUCCUACUACAAUAUUGCGGGGCAGCGGCUGGCGGACUAUUUGCCGAUGGUAAUCAGAUACCAGCUGCUGCAGGAGUCGUCCGUGGAGCUGCAAAGACAAAUGCUACAGUCACUUCAGAACAAAGAGGAAGUGGAGGAUCUUCUGAAAGAGGACUGCACCAUGGGAGAAACCAGGACCAGACUGCAGCAGCGCCACCACCGCCUCCACCAGGCCCGCUCCCUGCUGUCCAAGUUCUGA